AUGGCUAUCGGCGCGAUGACUCCCUUCGUGGGUCCUGCAGCUCGAGCUGCUCGCCCUUCAAUUCUGCGACCCAUGGCGUCAACCAGUUUUGCAGCUCAGGAGAGCCGACGCUCGCUAGCUUCUUCCUCGACCGCGGGCGCAUCGUCCUCUUCCUCGAGCGCAUCCGCGUCGCCUUCAGCCAGGUCUUCCCGCCGGUCUGCACGCUUCACAUCCCGACCUGGUGCGGACAUGGUCGGCCCACCCGACCCGCUCAGCAACCUUCGACCCGUUCGAUACGGCUCUGCGUUUGAAGAGGCGGCUGCGUCCUCAUCGGCCUCUUCCGACGCUGCUUCCUCACAGCUGGGAUCCUCGGCAUCGCUCAGCAUGUCGCAUCCUUACUCGCUGCACGAAUUCACCACUUCGGGCGAUUCCAACCUGGGUUGGUCGGCAAACCACGCUCGUCGCAGGGGCGCACGCUCGCCGUCGGUCUACUUUGAGCGUCUGCUUGCCAAGCUCGAAGAAGCCGAGUUGGCUCACAAGCUACGCAUGGCUCGCGCCGAUAACUUCAACCAGCGCUUUUGGCAGGACAACAACGCACGUUUCAUCCAGGCUCUUUCGGCAUUCCGAUCGCGCACGGGCUCGAGUAAGGCUGUUGCGACUCUUCCCAGUGCUUCAUCAGACACUCAGCAGGCUGGUGCGGUUGCAAACAGCACCGAAUCCGAACUCGACCUGGACUCGGACUCGCUCGCCACAUUCUACUCGGCUUGGCUCAAAGCCAAUGCCGCACGACACCGUGCAUACAACCGCCAGCUGUGGCGACAGACUUUCGGCGACCUUGCCCCCGCAGCCAGGUACCAGGGCUUGCGCGCGUGGGCAAAGGUCGUCGGCGCCGUGGAACGCAAGAUGGGCCGAAUCGACUGA